CGGUGCCGCCGUUCAGGUACCCGAACGCGGACCUCAGAUGGUGUCAUUGCGUACGUAGCUUAGUAUCUCCAUCUACCGUUAGAUGAAGAAUUGAUAAACAUACGUUUGUUUCUGUAUAAUUAAAUGCACACAGUGUUUGAUAAAAUGCCUGCUGCGUGCGGAGGCAUGUUUACGUUUAAGUAAUUAAAUCUACGUUUCUAAAAAAAGGAGAUGAAGUAAUUUAAUAUGUAUUUCUAAAGAGAGAAAGAGUAUCUGUAAAAGUCCAAUUUAUUUGUGAUAGAAAGUUUUCAGACUCAAAUAAGUUUCAUCAAACAAGAUGUCAUCCGAGAUAAUAAAAUUCACAAAGUUAAAAACAGUAACAGAUCCAACAUUUUGGGCAAAAUUUGCUGAAUUAAAAAUAGAUAAGUUAAAAUUAGAUGAAAAGUCCGAGAUACAUUUGUGGGGAAGUUUUUCUCUCAAACCAAUGAACGAAGGGAGAAUAAAUCCAUUAACACUUGAUUGUACAUCAUUUAAUGAAGAUCUAGAGACAACUUCUCACAAUGCAGGAGUAGCUUGUUAUGGCUAUAUGGUUAACACAAAUACAUAUGAAGCAUUUAGACAGAUAAAUCCUGAGAAGUUCAUUGAUACAAUGGGCAAAUGUAUCAUUAACAGUAUCACAGAUGGCUCAGCUAUAAAAGAACCUUGGCGUCUUUCAGUAUUUUUAAUAUUUGCAUUUUCUGAUCUAAAAAAAUAUAGAUUUCAUUACUGGGCUGCGCAUCCAACUCCUUUUUCUUUGCCAGAAAUCUAUUUAGCCCAGUCAUCAAAAUUUGCAUCUAGCGAAUUUACGUCUAGUCAAAUAGAUAAAUUGCAUACAAGUUUUCUUCAGCUGGAUGCAAAAUCAAGAAACUUUUUUACAAUUUUUGCAUCUGGAAAAGAUGAUUUAAUUGUUGAUACUUUGUCAAAAGGAAUAGAGAAUGCCAAAUUUACUCAAAGUGUUCAAGGAGAUUCAAGAAAGAUAAAGGAUGAAGUAUACUUUGCGUUUUAUGAUCCUUGCAUAAAUGCAGAGCCUGGAUGGCCUUUGCGAAAUCUUCUGUGUUUGUUAUUGUGGCAUUGCCCCGUGUAUUGUUUUACACGUCAUAUUAAAGUUCUAUCUAUAAGAAACGAUAAAGUACAAAGCGCAGUUAUAUAUACGCUUAGAAUCAAAGACAAAGACACAGAAACUAUGAGAGAAGCUAUUUCCAAGGGUCACUUAGUAGGCUGGGAAGCUAACGCGAACGGAAAAAUGGGUCCUAACAUCGCUGAUUUAUCGAACAUUAUGAAUCCUGCCAAAUUGUCAGACAAAGCGAUCAAUUUGAACCUGAAAUUGAUGAAGUGGCGUCUUGUACCUGAUCUAGAUUUAGAAAAGAUCAGUAGUCUGCGAUGCCUUUUGUUGGGCGUUGGUACAUUAGGGUGUUCCGUGGCGAGAGUACUCCUCGGCUGGGGCAUUAAUAACAUGACACUCGUAGAUAGUUCUACUGUCUCUCACAGCAACACCGUGCGCCAAAGUCUGUACACGCAUGAAGAUGCGGUGCAACGACGUUACAAAGCGCACGCCGCGAAAGAUGCUUUACUUAAAAUACGUCCUACUAUGAAUGUGGAAAGUGCUGUUUUGCAUAUUCCUAUGCCUGGUCACGUGGUCGGUCAGAGUAUGAUGGAAUCAACGAAGGAAGCCGUGAGCAAGUUGCAAGAACUCGUGAACAGUCAUGACGUUGUGUUCCUGCUUUUGGACUCACGAGAAGCCAGAUGGUUGCCCACUCUUUUAUGCGCCGCAAUGAACAAAAUAGCUAUUAACGCUGCUCUGGGUUUCGAUGCUUACACGGUGCAACGCCACGGUACGCGGAAUCUUUCUGAUUCUUCCACACCUGAUUUAAAGAUUCAAAAUCCUUCGGGACCGAAUCUUGGAUGUUACUUUUGUAACGACGUUACGCAGCCAGGAAACUCGCAAACGGAUAGAACGCUUGAUCAGCAAUGUACCGUCAGUCGGCCAGGUUUGUCACAAAUCGCUGCGGGUUUAGCAGUUGAACUACUCAUGGCGAUAACGCAACAUCCACAAGGAAUUUCAGCCAGAGCGUUUGUGAGUUACGAUAGUGAUGAUUCUAAAAAAACUACUGAUAAUCCAUCGCUAGGAUCAUUGGGCGGUGUACCUCAUACAAUACGUGGUUUUCUUUGGAAUCACGAAAUGAAAUUAACAGUCACACAUAAAUUUGCAUUCUGCACGGCGUGUUCUAUACCUUUAAUCAAAGAAUAUCAACAACGCGGUUUUGCUUUUGUACUUGACGCUUGCAAUGUGCCAAAUUAUCUCGAGAGAUUAUCAGGACUUGAAGAAGUAUUGAAGAAAGCAGAGCUGGAUAAGAUAUGUUAUACAAUGGAUACUUCGAGCGAGGAUGAAGAGACAUAAAAUGCAAUUUUAAUAGUCUAAUUUAAAUGGUGCACAGCUACAAAAUAGUAUAAGAAGAAUAUGCAUUUAAAUAUAAACUAUGUUGCACUGUUUGUACACUAAAAUAAUAUAUAAUUCUUUUCUCAGUUUCGUGUAAGUGAUAUACGAAAUCACUUUUUAAAGGUUUAAUCAAAGUAUAUUCUCUAUGAAAUCAAAAGUUUUCAACCUUAUAUAUAUAUAUAUAUAUGUAUAUACACAAUAUAUAUAUCUUGUUGUGCAAAAGAAUCAUACAGUUUGACAAAGAAAAGAUUCAUACGUUUACUUCUGUAGUAGCGCAUUGUCUUUCUUUUUAAUUUGUUGUAUUGUGCGUAUCUGUGAUUGUAUGUUUUAUGUUAUUAAUACUCUUUAACACAUAGAUUUUUAUAUUUCUAUACGUAAAACAAAUACGAGUUGUAGCAUUUAUAAAUAAAUAUGCACAGAUUUAUGUUUUAUUCUUACUCGUACAAUUCUAUUUAAUUAUAGUGCUAUAAUUUUUAUACUACGUGAGUAUAAAAAGUCAAAUGCUGUUGCUAACAUUGUACAAACUACUGUUCAAUUUACCAAUAUCUAUACUGCUGGUUUUACUUUUUAGAGAGGUUGCGUUCCGUCAACCAUUUUCAGAACUGGGAAUCUAUAGUUCACCUGACAUACAAUGUAGAUUUUCAAUACUGGCAGUGAAUUUCGGAACGCAGUUAAAAAAAUAACAACCGUAUUGUGAGACAACCCGCCGCUUUCAGUGAUUUUUAACAAUGCGCUACACUUCACUUGUUGCAAUGGCUAAAAUUUUUUACGAAUUAGGCUUUGAAUUGUUAUUUCUCCAUAUUCGCUAGAUAUGGCCACGUGCGAUUUCCAUUUAUUUUUGAAUCUGAUUUUUGAUCAAAUAAAUCUGAAAGAAAGUUUUGAACAACAACGAAGUCAUCGAUGUACCGUAAAUGGCUAUCUGUGUGUACGUAAGUGACCUCACGUAUGCAAAAAGUAUGUAUAAAUGUCACUUCAAGUAUGUAUAAAUAUCACUAUACACAACUAUCUAAUCUAUGCGUUUUCUACACCUAUUGUACCCAAAACUAGCUUUUCAAUACGGCAGAAAUGUCGGCUUAGCUUUAAGCUUGAUUGACGAUCUUAUAGAUUUCGCAACAUCUUCAAAAGAAAAACCGACGGCCAUUGAUCUUUAAACUCGGAAUAACAGUCCCAGUACUUUUCGCUUGCAAACAAUAUCAAGAAGUGAACGCUAUGAUCAAGUGCUACUUCCAAGAGCCUGAAGAUAUAGAAAAGACUUUUGAAUUGGUACACAAAUCCAAUGAUCUUGAAUGGACAAAAUUUUUGGCCAAAAAACACUGCGAGAAGCGAGCAAAAUCGCACAAUUCUUUAUCGAAAGUCUUUGUCAAAAAGCUUUGAUUAUUAUGGUUGAUUUCGUUGUCAAUCGCAUAAAAUAACGUCACAAAAAAAGAAUGUAAUGU